AUGCUCAGAGCAACACUCACUGAACGCCGACCUAGCGCACGCCGCCCCGCUCGGGUCGCUCGCCUGGCUACACGUCCCGUCCGUAGACACCGGCGGGCCGCUCGGAGAACAAGUCCCGAAAUCAGUCUAGGAACCGGUGCCACAAUACGCAGUCGCGUCCCCGCAGAAGCCGCUCGCGGAGCAGCAGUUACCGAACAUCGACCCUGCGCACGUCGCGCCUCCGGGGGUGCUGGCGGAGCUGCAAGUGCCGUCUGUCGACACCGGUGGACCGCCCCCACUGGCAUCGCAGGUCCCGAAGUCGCUCUAGCACCCCGUGCCGCAGUGCCCGCUCGUGUCGCCGCAGUAGCCGUACUCCAAGCAGCAGUCGCCGAAGGGCGUGCCGGUGCAGAAUGUUCCGCCGUUGUUAGCACCGCAAAGGCCGUGCCCGUCGUCGAGGCUUCAUUCGAGGCCAGCACGAUCUCCGUGGUAUACGUCGACUUCGAGGUCUCCUCCACGGUAGUCGUGAAGAUCUCCGUGUAG